AUGGCUUAUCACGCCUCCAGCAACGAACGACCACUCCGCUCGCGCCACUCUUCAGAGCUUGACGGCCCUUCAUCACCUUCUUCCCCUGGCAGCGUCACCCCGCCAGACACAGCCUCGCCCAGCUCCUCGACCUUCCUCACCUCGUCUGUGUCAAGUCUCUUGGGCGGUCUGAUUCGCCGCUUCUCGGGCGAGCCCUCACUAUCGACACCGAACCCGGCCCCACCGCUCCCGCACGCGCGGACCUUCCAGCCCGACGGCCACGGCAACGGCAACGGCCGCGACGGCGUGUACACGCCUCCACACCUUCUCCACACCCACCGCACCGCAUCGCCGAUGCGCCCGCCGCCGCUGGAGCCGUUGCAGCUGGUGGGGUUCUCGGACGAGACGGGCCAGGACGCGCGGCUGUUGACGCCGCCCAUCGCCGAGGAGAUCCGCAUCAUGGUGCCCGCGCGGCUAGGCAUCGUCGACGAGUGGCGGCUGGUGUACAGCUUGGAGCAGGACGGCGCCAGCCUGGCGACGCUGUACGAGAAGUGUGCGCGGUACCAGGGCUUGAGGGUCGGGUUUGUGUUGUGCGUCAAGGAUUGCGAGGAGGGUCUCUUUGGCGCCUACCUCUCCGACCACCCGCACCCAGCCCCAAAGUACUUUGGCACAGGCGAAUGCUUCCUCUGGCGCGUCUCCAUCCACACCCCGCUGCCUCCCCCGCCAUCCUCCAUCGACGACACCACCACGAACUCCAACCUCCGAACAACCACAAUCUCUGCGGCCACCACAACACACAACAACCCCGUCUCCUCCUCCUCCUCCUCCUCUCUCUCCAAACAACAACCACCAGGGCCCGGAACCCGCUCCUCCUCGACCCCGCAACAACAACAACAACAACAACAUCCAGAAAACCAACCCGAGUCAAAGCAAUCAAUGCGCUUCAAAGCCUUUCCCUACUCGGGCAUAAACGAGUACUACAUGCUCUGCGAACCCCAUUUCCUGUCUCUCGGCGCAGGCGACGGGCGCUACGGCCUCUGGCUUGACGACUCGCUCGAGCGCGGCGUUUCCUCGACAAGCCAGACGUUUGGCAACGAGCCGCUCUCGGACGAAGGGGAGAAAUUCGGCGUAUUGGGCGUCGAGGUGUGGGUUAUUGGCGCGUGA